CGGAUACAUUCAAAAUCCAUCUCUGAAUAACUACUGGUACAGAAAGAGGAUUCAGGAAGUGAGAAGUUUGCCGUGUAGUGAGUGAGUGAGAGCGCGAAGGGUGCGCAGAAAGCUACAGUACAAGCUACCCUAUAAAGGCCCGCCUCCCUUCACGGCCCAUUCACAAGUUGCCCUCGCCUGCUGCGCGGUGUGCCCCAACUUUCUCCCAACUUUCAGCCCACUCCGCUAGUCGUGAAGUGAACUUUAGUGCAAAAUGAGAGCGGUGUUGUUAGCUGUUGUUGUUCUGGUGUGCGGUGCCAAUGGCCUGUUCCUGCCAGGAGCGGAAUACGGUCGCUUGAAGAGUUCAGCACCGGUCACGUCCUGGUUCUCCCGGCUGCGGCGCCAGCCAAAACCCACGCACCGCAUCAUAGAUCCCAACGAAGAUUGCUUUCUGGUGACGUCUGAAGAGGGUGAGCUGUUCUUCAAGGCGCCGUCUGACGAGCCGUCGGUGUGCGGCAUCUACAUGAUAGCUGACCCCGACAAGCGGAUCCAGGUCACAUUCAACUACCUGGACGUGCCGUGCGAGAACGGAGGACUAGUCGCGUGGGUAGACGGUUGGGAGCUUAACGGGCAAGUGUGGCCCGCGGACAGUUGGGACGACGACCGCGUGGUGGAGUCUUGUGACCAGAGGCCUCUGAAGAAGCUCAUCUCUCGACAGAACGCAGCCCUCAUCCAGUACCGGGUCCCAGCUAGAGGAAAGGGCUUCGCCGUCACCAUACGGCAUUUGAAGAAAGCUAGGCCAUGCAACGUGAUGCUAUUUGGCUCCGAAGGGGUGUACACCUUGAGGAACCACGGAGAGACUGGCAACUGUUCCAUCAUUGCCGUGGCUCCUGCCACUGUAAGGAUCCUGGACCUGAAUGUUGGACAGUCGGUCAAAAGAGGUAGCCUGCUCGAUGUGGAAACAGGAACUAUCCAUUAUUGCACAAAACGCGGGAUACCAGACUACGUCGACGUUGGCGGCGCCAAUGGACUGGAUAACACAAAGAUGGAAAUCGUCGACAACGUGUGUGGCCUCGACUCUUAUGAAGGCCGACGACCAUGGUACAUAGCCUGCGAAGACACCAUGGUACGGUUAGUCUCCAGUGGGAAGUACCACAACUCAGUGACCCUGGCCUUCGCCCCACUCCCCCUCGAAGAGAUCGAACACUCCGACCUCAUCUGCGGCAUGAACGACGUCUAAGCGUUACCAUGGAAACCAACGGCUAUAGAACACAGGUCGAAAUUCAAAUAUUCGUUAAUGGUGGUCAGUCCACCGAAUGUAUUUAGUAAUUAAGUAGACACCACUUUUUUUUUAAAUGGCAAUUUUUUUUUGUCAAUUUUAAAUUAUUAUAUAUUCAUACAUACCUGCUGGAUUAUUUUAAGGGUCUUUGCAGUCAUCCCGUGAAUGUUGCUGCAAUGCGACCUCGAAAGGUUAUUAAUAAGGGUAUUUCAUUAUUUUACCUUAUUACAUUAAUAGAAACCCAGUACCCACUUUGUAAAGAUUUGUUGAAUAAUCUAGUACCCGAUUUCCUUUUUUUUUGUUUUCAUUUCACGUAUCAUAUCAUUUUAGUUUUCAAUCGAUGUAUAGUUUGUCUUACUGUCCUAACGGAAGCAACAAAAAAGAACUAUUAGAAAAAAAAUGAAGUAGUACAUUUAAAAUAUCUAUAAGUAAGUAAUAAGUAUUAAAUUACUCGUUACUAUGUAGUACAUUAGGCAUUCGAUUCAGCGCAUUCAUUUAUUAUGAGUAAGACAUAUUUGCCCACUGUUGCCAUAAAAAUACCUAAAUAUUAAAAAGAAAUGUUUAUUUAUCAAUACAUAAUAUAUAAUCAUCAAUGUUAACAUUUAUAUUAUUAUUGUAAAUUAUACAGUAAAUUAGUUUAAAUGAAAUAAUCAAAUUGAU